CCUUGCACGAACACGGAUGGCAUGAAACCGAAUAUCGAAAGCGAACAAAUGCAUGGAGAAUCCGUGUCAACCAAAAGCAAAAUCCGGUCGUAAGGAGGAGAAGCGAGCGAGUCCGAGUCAGACUCGAGAGCAGAGGCAGCUCGGCGGCUCCCUCCCGGUCUCCGCCUCCGCCCAAUCCCCUCGCCUAUAAUAAACGGGCGCCACGCCGCAGCCAGCCGGCAUCCACAUCCACCACCGCCUCCGGCAUCUGGCGACGGACCUCCCCGCCGCGCCGGGCCCCGCCACCUACCCGGCCCCGCGCCGGCGCCGCCAGCGGCGGAUGCAGCGCCGCCCCGCCGCCGGCGACCGCCGCUGAGCAUGGCCGCCGCGCCACCGGGCGCCCAGAACCGCUGCGUCUUCGUUGGUAAUAUACCGUACGAUGCGACGGAGGAGCAGCUCGUGCAGAUUUGCGAGGAGGUCGGCCCGGUCGUCUCCUUCAGAUUGGUUAUUGACAAAGAAACUGGAAAGCCGAAGGGUUAUGGCUUUUGCGAGUACAAGGAUGAGGAGACCGCUCUAAGUGCACGCAGGAACCUCCAGGGUUAUGAGAUUAAUGGUCGUCAGUUACGUGUUGAUUUUGCUGAAAAUGGGAGGAAUACUGACAGAAAUAGAGAAAAGGGUCGUGGAGGACCAGGGAUGGCAUCUGGUGCUGAUAGUCAAAAACAGUUAGCUGGGACUUCUGUUGGUGGAGAUACAAGUCUUCAUCAGCCUGUUGGUCUCCCACCGGCAAUACACGCUGCAUCUGUGAUGGCUGGCGUCCUUGGUGGAGCUCAAACCGCAAUUGUUCAAAAUGGUUUACCUGUCCAGUAUGGACUUGGAAACGACCCCCUUACUCAUUAUUUGGCCAGAAUGUCAAGGCAUCAGUUGCAUGAAAUCAUGGCUGAAUUGAAGGCCCUAACUACUCAAAAUAAGGAACUUUCCAAAAAAUUACUACAAGGAAUCCCACAGCUUCCAAAGGCCCUAUUUCAGGCACAAAUAAUGAUCGGAAUGGUGACGCCACAGAUGAUGCAGAUGGCAAAGAACCAACAACCCUCCAGCUCCUUGGCUCAAUCUUCAUCUCACAUCAAUGAGCCAUCUCCAGCUAACAUGCCACCAAACCCAACUGUCCUGCAGGAACAAACUGCAACACUACAUAAUUUUCCUCAGUAUCAGCAUGCAUCUCAGCCUCCCGUCAAAAGUUUUCCACAUGGACAUCAGUCUGGAUUGGCCAUACAUCCUCCAAUGCUAUCUCAGCCCCUAGGGGUUUCCAGCAUUCCUGCUCAACCCCUUGUGGCCUCAGUAGGCUUAAUGUCGCAAGUUCAGCACCCAUUUAUGCCACAGCACCCAAGACCACCUGUUAUGCAAACAAGUGUACAAUCAGUUCCUUUGACCCACCCUCAUUCUCAGGUAGCUGCUGUACCAGAGACACUACCGAAUGAAGAUCAAGCAAGUCACUUGGCAGAGUAUGCCCAUCCUUCAAAGUUGAGAAAAUUGGAGGAUGGAACCUCAGUGCUUGGAAUGGUAAACAGCAGCCAUCCUGCUUAUGCAGCUCCACCUCAAGCAGUGGGACCUAGUGGACCAUCAGGGAGCUAUAGUGCUCAGCUCACGCCUGAUGUGGAGUCCGCUCUUCUGCAGCAAGUAUUGCAGUUGACACCCGAGCAGCUGAGUUCGUUGCCACCAGAGCAGCAGCAGCAGGUGAUUGAACUCCAGAAGAUGCUUUCAGCUGGUAAAUAGUACCAACUGAACUGGCAAAGCGACCGGUUAAGCUACUAGCACAGCAUAACAUGGCAGCAGGUGGAUCCAAUUUUCGAGUUGCCAUGCCUGUGACCUGUCAACGUUGUCGGCAUCUUGAUGCCAUCAAUUUUGCUCAGUUAUGCAUCUGGCAUUCCUCAGAUCAGGAUAAAAGAAAAUGUGAUUGGAGAAGAUAGCGUGAAGAGAGGGAUACACAUUAUCCAUCACCGUUGUAUCAUUAUAGGAAAAAGAAUAAUAUGUAUCCAGAUAAGGGAGGUGCUUUUUCAGCUUUUCCCAAAUGUGUUGUAGCAUCAGACAUUUUUGUCCUCUGAAUAUUCUCACAUCAGUCUCAGAUAGGUAUUGGACUUUGUGUAUGCUUAUGACCUUGAGAUUUGUCAUAGUUCUGUUUCUUGUUUGAAGCCUGUUCAGAAUCAUGGUUUUGCGGUCUA